GACUUACCCGGUAAGUUUAUCUUAGCUGCCCGGUAAUGCUGGGUAUUAUAUUUACGCAAUAGAUUAAAAAACGUCUUUCAGGUUAAGUAAAAAUGGCGAAAAGGCAAACAGAAAGACAGGCUAUAGAGCGCAUUGCGACAGACACUUUAAAACAAGAGGAAACCAAACCGAAGGAGGGAUAUGUCCCAAAAGGCCUGUCUUAUUCUGGCAGGGGCUCUGCUCGGAUGUCGCUUCUCCUUCUGGUCUCCAUAUUCUCCUGUGCUGCCUGUAUCAUGUACCUAGUGUACAGAAAUUUCCCACACAUGAGCGAUGAAGAGUGGGAAAAAAUGAAAAUUCCCAAAGACAUGAAUGAUGCCAAAGCCUUGGGCACAGUUCUGUCCAAGUACAAGGAUACUUACUACACUCAAGUAUUGAUAGCCUAUUUCACCACAUAUGUCUUCCUCCAGACCUUUGCCAUCCCUGGCUCCAUCUUUCUCAGCAUCCUGUCAGGCUAUCUUUACUCCUUCCCACUAGCAUUGUUCCUGGUUUGCUUGUGCUCUGGACUUGGAGCCUCUUUCUGCUAUAUGCUCUCCUACUUGGUGGGCAGACCUGUGGUCUAUAAAUACCUGACGGAGAAGGCAGAGAAGUGGUCUCAGCAGGUAGACAACCACAGAGAGCAUCUUAUUAAUUACAUCAUAUUCCUGAGGAUCACUCCCUUCCUUCCCAACUGGUUUAUCAAUAUCACAUCCCCCGUCGUUAAUGUGCCUUUAGGGCUCUUUUUCCUUGGCACAUUCCUAGGAGUGGCGCCUCCAUCUUUUGUGGCCAUCAAUGCCGGGACCACGCUGUACAAGCUGACCACAGCAGGGGAGGCUGUGUCCUGGAACUCUCUGCUGCUGCUGGCUGUACUUGCCCUUCUCUCCAUCCUGCCUGUGUGCUUCCAGAAGAAGCUGCAGAAGAAACUAGAAUAGUCUGUCCUUGUUUGAGGUUCAGAGCACAUUUUCUGAAGGUUUCUGUCCUUCACCAGCCUCACAUGCCAGAUGAGGUCGCCAGGCAAAGUCCAGUGCUCAGGUCCAUAGUGCACUAAAACAGCUAUUUUCACUACAAAGGCGGCCAUUACCUCGAGUCUCCAUGAAAAUUAAUCUGCUUUUUCCAUAGUCCAAGGUUUUAUCUUUCAUUUUUAUUAAUCUAGAUUGGAACAGUGUGUUUCAAUUAUGGGAGACAAAACUUUUAAUAGCUCAAUUUCUGUUUUGUUCUAUGGAAUUUUAAUAAUACUCUGACUAAGCAAAGCACCUCCUACAGCAGGGGUCUCCCAACUCUGGUCCUGGAGAGCUACAAUCCAGUAGGUUUUCUGUCCUACCCGGCUUCUGAUGAGCUGCAUCUGCUCUCAGGUAAAUACCAGGAACAGGUGUGGCUCAUCAGAAGCCAAGUGGGACAGAAAACCUACUGGAUAGUACAGUAGCUCUCCAGGACUGGAGUUGGAGACCCCAGUCCUACAGGCUGCUGAUUUUUUAAUUUUUUAAUUCUAAGUUGUGCCUUAGAAUGUGUGCUACGCUGGUUAACUAUGAAUGUUACUAUGACGUACGUCUGUUAAUAUUACAUAAUUUUUUGUCAAAUUUAUUUAUUUUGAGGUACAACAGUAAAAAUAUAGAAUUACAAUUGCUUAA